UCACGUCCGGGUCAGAGUGAGCCUCUUGCUCUCGGAGUGUGUUACUGGUGCAGCUGCCGCGCUGUCCGCGUUCUCUCUUCCCAGUGUGAUCGAGCCGCAGUGCCUGCCGGCUAGAAGUACCCGCUGCCUCGAGCAGAGAAGGACGAGGAGGGGACCUGGGAGCGGGCAGCGGCCGGGCUGGGCCGCUCUGGGGAGGGCUGGCGACUCUGCUCCUCCGCUUGCUGCUGUCUCUGGGAACCGGGUGCCAGCACUGAGGAGUCUUCAGCUGACAGCAAGCCCCUUCCCCGGCUCCCCUGCCCGCCCUGCCGGGGAGGGCGGAAGAUGCCGGUGAAGAAGAAGAGAAAAUCUCCUGGGGUGGCAGCGGCAGUAGCGGAAGACGGAGGCCUCAAAAAGUGUAAAAUCUCCAGCUAUUGCAGAUCCCAACCCCCUGCUAGACUAAUAAGUGGAGAGGAACAUUUUUCAAGCAAGAAGUGCCUGGCUUGGUUUUAUGAGUAUGCAGGUCCUGAUGAAGUUGUAGGGCCAGAAGGAAUGGAAAAAUUUUGUGAAGACAUUGGUGUUGAGCCUGAAAAUAUUAUUAUGUUAGUUUUAGCGUGGAAAUUGGAGGCUGAAAGCAUGGGAUUUUUUACCAAGGAAGAAUGGUUAAAGGGGAUGACUUCAUUACAGUGUGACUGCACAGAAAAGUUACAGAACAAAUUUGACUUUUUGCGCUCACAGUUGAAUGAUAUUUCUUCAUUUAAGAAUAUCUACAGAUAUGCCUUUGAUUUUGCAAGGGAUAAAGAUCAGAGAAGCCUUGAUAUUGAUACAGCAAAGUCUAUGUUAGCUCUUCUCCUUGGGAGGACAUGGCCACUGUUUUCAGUAUUUUACCAGUACCUGGAGCAAUCAAAGUAUCGCGUUAUGAACAAAGAUCAGUGGUACAAUGUGUUAGAAUUCAGCAGAACAGUCCAUGCCGAUCUUAGUAACUAUGAUGAAGAUGGUGCUUGGCCUGUUCUUCUUGAUGAAUUUGUCGAGUGGCAGAAAGUUCGUCAAACGUCAUAGCAAGAACUAUUGUGAAGAAAAUGCAAACCUUUAGAUCCUUACGUGUGUACAAGCUAAUGAGACGAGGAAAAAAAAGAAAAAACCAAAGGGGUGCAUUUUCACUCAUAUGAAAGACUUCUCAUAGUACUUUUUUUUCCUUUUUUUUAAAGGAAGUUUUCUUGUUACAUGUUAUGGGCAUUGAGCCACACCUCUUCCGAGACUGAAUAUUGAAGUUUUUGUUUUGAGUUAUGUUUAUAACAUUUAUUUCAGAACAAUAAAGAUUCAGAUUUGUGACAAA